AUGCAAUCAGAUAUUGUUGUUUAUGAUUUAACUGUCUCAAAGAUAUGGUGUACAAUGUGUAGUAAUAAGAUAAAAUCUAGUUUUGAAGGUUAAAAAGGUAUAAAUUAUUUCACCAAAUUCAAGGUAUUUUGUAUGUUCAAGUGAAUGUAAUGGCUGAAAGAGUAAUCAUUUCAUUUAAUUAAUUGAUUAUGUAUUUAAAUUAUGCAUGUCUAUAGAACACUUAACUAAAUUAAACAAAUUUUGGAACAAAAUCACUUUUUUAUAGUAGGUUAACCAAGACUAAUUAAUACUGACUCCAAUUAAUUAAGGAGAUGUUAAUUCUUUUUUCCUAAUUCAAACUUCCCAUAACAAGAUUUGAAUUUAAUUAAAGACAAUCUUCGUUAAUAGUAUCAAGGUGGACUUGGUGAAAUUUAAGAAGAAAAUUUUAUUUAUAAUAAACAAGUAUAAUUUUAUUUAAUACAUUUUAAAAAGUAAGGUUAAUUAAUGAUGAUAUAAUAUUAACCAUUGUUGAUAUCAGGAUAGUAGAUAAAAUCAAAUAUUGAGAGUUUCAUCAAUGAAAAAUAGCCUAUAAUUCAUAAAAAUAGAUCUUUUUUUGUUUACAAUGCUCUACUUGAGAAAUUUAAGAAGAAAGAAGGAUAUAUAGAAAUUAUUACUUAUAGGAAAUUCAUUUUAGCAAUAAUUUUAAGUGUGUAAUUCUUAUUAUUUUGUUCAAUCAUGCCUCAUAUUGAUUAUUAUAACCCUUUCUUAUCAUAUCCUCAUGAAGAAUCUAUUUUUAGUGUUUAUUUAAUAGUCAUAUUUUUUAUGACAAGUUUUACUCUAAUUAUAUUUGGUACACCAAUAUAUAGGAAUGCUUAUCAAUUAUUCUUCAAAUAUAAGUAUCUCUAUCAUUUUUAUUAUUUAGAAUGUUUAAUAUGGAUACAUUAUUGACACUUGGUUCAUUAGCUGCAUUUUCUAUGAGUUUAUUUUUAAUAAUAGUAUACACAAUUGAAGGUAAUUAAAAUUAAGAGGAGAAGAUGAAUCAAGCUAUGUAAUUAGAAAGAAUAAUGAAUAUAAUUCAUGAUUUAGAAUCAGCUGGAUUAAUACUUACAGUAAUUACAAUUGGAAAAUAUUUUGAAGGAAAGGCUAAAUAAACAAUUUUAGAUAUGCAGAAUUAAAUAUUUCCUUAAGAUCAAUUACUAAAGACACCAAAUGUUCUUAAGGUAUAAGUAAAAAAUUAGGAUUAUGAUAUUAAUGUUUAAGAGAAUUGUGAUAUAUCUUUAUUAGAGAAAGGAGAUUUAAUAAUUCUUGAGAAGGGAAUGAAAUUAUUAUUGGAUGGAGUAAUAGUCAAAGGUACUGUAGUAGUAAUUGAUUCAAUUUGUUAUGGAUAAGAUGAUAGAUUUUCAGGUUCAUUAGGUACUAGAUUGAAAUCUGGUGCUGAUAUUUUAGAGGGUUCAUGUAUCUUUUAGAUUGAAUAAGUAAUUGAAUCAUCUAUGCUAUUUUAAAUAGCAGAAUAAUUAAAUUUAGCAUAAUCAGAAAGGGAAAGUAAGGAUUUAGGAAUUUCAGCCAUGUUAUAAUAAUUAUCGUAAAGAUUUGUUUUGGGAGUAAUUUGUGUUAGUCUAUUGGUGUUUUUUGUUUGGACAUUUUUAAUAGGAUUUGAAAUAGUAGAAAUUGAUGAAUAUUGUGUUUGGUGUUUUCCUUUUGAAAGAUCUAUUUCAAUAUUGGUUGCAUCAUGUCCUUGUGCUUUAGGACUUGCAGUACCAUCUGUUGUAAUCAUAACUUUAAAUUUAGCUUUAAGAUCCGGAAUAUUAAUAAAAAAGGUAUAUAAUAAUUAUAAUUCUUAGAAUACAAUAUUUGAAUUAAUUAGUAAAGUAAACUGUAUUAUAUUUGAUAAGACAGGGACUUUGUUCACAAAAGUAGAUCAUAUUGAAUCUUUUACUCUUUUAUCUAAGAAUCAAACAGAAAUUUGUUUAAAGAAUAAUGAUUAAACUGUAAUGAAAGUUAAAUAAUUCUAAAAAUCAUUAAUUAUGUCUGAUCCUAUAGAUACAAAAAGAGAAUUAUAAAUUUAAGAAGGAUAAAUAUAAUCAAAUCUUAAAUUUAAUUAGACAUUAUCAGUUUAAGAUUUAUGGUCUAUUAUUGGAGUUUUAGAAAAGGAUUUCCAUCAUCCAAUUGCAACAUUAUUAUUUAAAGAAUCUAUUUAAAGACAAAUUGGAAAAUAAAGUACAUUUGUUCUUACAGAUUAACCAAAAUUAUAAAAAAAUGGAAUAAUUGGAAAUGUAACUAGAACAACAGAUAAAACUUAGUUUAAAUGUUUGAUUGGAAAUCUUUUUCAUUUAACUGAUAAUGAAGCAAUACUAGAAGAUUAUAUAAUAAAAAAAUGUUAAUAUUUAGAAAGAAAAGGAAAAACAGUAAUAAUAAUGACAAUAGAUAGUAUUCCAGAAGUAAUACUAUGUUUGGAUAAUAAAACUAAUUUAAGACCUGAAGCUAAAGCUGUAAUAACAUAUUUAAGAGAAAAAUUGAAUAAGACUGUUUAUAUAUUAUCUGGCGAUUCAAAGAAGACAGUAUAAUCAGUAGGAGAAUAUUUAGGAAUUCCAUCUAUAUAUUAAUAUGCUGAAAUAGAUGCAGAAGGAAAAAAAUUUAUAUUAAAAGAGUUGAGUAAGUAAAAAUAAGAAGUUAUGAUGAUUGGUGAUGGAUUAAAUGAUAUUCUCUCACUUUAAGAAGCUUCAAUUGGUGUUGCUAUUAAUGCUAAAUCACAAUUAAAUCUUAUGGCAUCUGAUGUUAUAAUUUUAAAUGAAAAUUUAUGGAGUAUUGUAUCACUAAUUAAUUUGAUGAAAACAGCAUUAAAAGUAAUUUAUAUAAAUUUGAUAUGGGCUUUUGCUUAUAAUUUAUUUAUGGCACGUAAAUAUUAUUUAAAUAUAUUAAUUUUAGCUAUUGCAGCAGGUGUUUUCUAUGGACAAGGAUUAACGAUAUCACCUAUGAUAUCAUCUGCAUCGAUGUCUUUAUCAUCAAUUAUUGUUGUUCUUAUAAGCAAUUGUAUGAAAUUCAUCAAAUUUGAUCCUUCCUUAUCCUAUUCUAUUACAAAAAUACAUAAAUACAGAUUACAUGAAGAAUCUAAUCUCACAUUGGAUUCAUAUCUAGAAGUAGAUAAUACCCAAUAAUCUGUUCGAAAAGAAAGUGAAAAAACAAAUUAAUGA